GGAGAAACCAAGGUCGUGGGGAAGAAAGGUAGAUUUGAAAGCUGAGAAAAACGAUUAUUUUCUGGUUCUUCGUGGAGUCCAGAUAUCAACUCCAGGGUUAAUUUGGAUUUCUUUCUUCAUUACAGGAGUCGCAGCUGCUCCACAGGUACUAAGAUAAGUGGGUUUUGUUGGUGUGGGUUUUUUGCUUGCUGAGGAGAUGAGUUUGACUGGCUCUUCAAUGGCUGGUAGUGCUGCUAAGAGGACAUUUGAGUUCGGAAGAACCCAUGUGGUUAGGCCAAAAGGAAAACACCAGGCUACUGUGGUUUGGUUACAUGGGCUCGGUGACAAUGGUUCCAGCUGGUCCCAACUGCUGGAAACCUUGCCUCUUCCAAAUAUCAAGUGGAUCUGCCCCACGGCACCUACUCAGUCAAUAUCACUAUUUGGUGGAUUCCCUUCCACUGCGUGGUUUGAUGUGGCGGACCUUACAGAGGACUCUCCUAGUGAUAUGGAAGGCUUAGAUGCUUCAGCAGCACAUGUUGCAAAUCUGUUAUCAACAGAGCCCAGUGACAUCAAACUUGGUAUUGGGGGCUUUAGUAUGGGUUCUGCCACUGCCCUGUACUCUGCCACCUGUGCUGUCGAAGGAAAAUUUGGAAAUGGAAACGCGUACCCUGUUAAUCUAUCUGCUGUCGUUGGUCUAAGUGGGUGGCUUCCAAUGGCCAGGACCUUGAAGAACAAAGUAGAAGGGUCUCAGGAGGGUGUUGCACGUGCGGCAUCAUUGCCACUUUUGCUCUGCCAUGGCAAAGUUGAUGACGUCGUCCAAUACAAUCACGGAGCAAAAUCUUCAGAAGUCUUGAGCUCGACAGGAUUCAAAAAACUCACUUUCAAAACCUAUGAUAGUCUUGGACACUACACCAUCCCUGAAGAAAUGGAUGAGGUAUGCAGCUGGUUAAAAACACACUUGGCACUUGACGGAUCUGACUCUUAAUUAAGGUUUUCAAACAAGCCUUGACGAGAUUGAAAAGAAAGGAAGACAAUAUGAUGGUGUAUCACUCACGCAAUAAACUUAUGUAGAUAAGUAGCUAUUUGGUGGUUCGGUAUAAUCUGCAUCACCACUCAUUUCUUUCCAUUUUUUCUUUCUUUUCCUGAAAGGAACUGCUUUCAGUGUAAUGGUAUUUGGUUGAAUCGUCUGUGAAAUCAAAUUGCAUAUUGGGUUGUACGUCACUUCGAACUCCUGUUUUUAUCCGUGGUUUAUUUGAGGAAUUUGCAUUAACCUGAA